UGAAUUUACCUUUUACGAACUCAGCUGUAACAUUUUAUUUUGUCUUGAGGAACAAUUUCCUUGUUGGUGAAAUAAUAAGAAGAAUUCGAGUACAGAGACCAAAACUGUGAACACUACGAGAAACAGAAAUAAUCAUCAUCAGUUGUCAGCGCAAGUAAGCUUGGACAACAUUUGGCAAGAUCCUCUGUUCCGCUCUUCUGUUUUUGAAUUAAUAUAAUUUCGAAAUUUCGAAACGUUAUUGUCAGCACGCUGCAUCGUAUACAGGCAAAAGUCUCAAUGAAAGGAAAUAUAAUCAUCCAAUGACAAAAAGAUAGGAGAUCGAUUAUGGAUUCGAAUGGUGAACAAUUAAUAUCUUGUACAAAAUGGGGAUCUGUCGAUGGUCGAAGCAUUGAGAAGUACACUUUAAAAAAUAACGCGGGUCAGGAGGUGGACAUCGUAACGUACGGCGCAACAAUAACAUCUAUUAGAACUCCAGAUAAAGAUGGAAGAAUAGCAGACAUCGUUUUAGGUUUCGAUAAAGUAGAAGAUUACUCGUCCACGGUUUAUAAACCGUAUUUUGGUGCGACGAUUGGAAGAGUCGCGAACCGUAUAAAAAAUGGGGAAUUCACAUUGAACGGGAAAAAGUAUCAUUUAGCUAAGAAUGCAGGACAAAAUAGUCUUCACGGUGGCAUUAAAGGGUGGAGUUCGAAAAUAUGGAAUGCCGCUAUUCAGCGUAACAAGCUUGUACUUUCUUUGCUAAGCGAGGACGGUGACGAAGGUUACCCUGGAGAUGCAGUAGCUUCGGUCACUUUUCAAUUAACCAUCGAUGGAGAGUUACGCAUCGAGAUGAAAGUUUUCGUCACCAAAGCUACACCUAUUAACUUGACUAAUCAUAGUUACUUCAAUCUAGCUGGUCAUGAUGGUAACGCAAGCGAACUAUACAAACAUCGGUUUACUUUAAAUGCGGAUCAUUGGACGGUCACCGACACAGAAAGUAUUCCUACUGGAGAAAUACGAUCGGUCCUCGGUACCGUGAUGGACUUGAGAAACUCGACCAUACUCGGAGAUGUCAUUGACAAAGUACCAGGUGGUGGAUACGAUUAUAAUUUUUGUUUAAGAGUAAACGAUACCGCAAACGAAAGAAACGUUGUUGCCAAUGUUUUACAUCCUAAUUCUGGAAGAUAUUUACAAGUUUUUUCGAAUCAGCCUGGAGUGCAAUUUUAUACAGCCAACUUUUUACCCGAACGCGAGACCCCGGGUAUUAAGGGGAAAAACGGAACCACAUACUUCAAGCAUGGUGCAUUCUGUUUAGAAACACAAAAUUAUCCGGAUGCUGUCAAUCAAGAAAAUUUUCCAAAUAGCAUACUUGAACCUGGACAGCUUUAUCGUCAUACUGUUAUAUACAAGUUUGGAGUAGUAGCAUAGAAAAUACAUACUUAUUCUUUGUAUAUGAUACAAUUGUAUUUUGACUAUUAUGUUCUAAUAAUUAGAAUAAAAGUAUGUUAUAUAUUA